UUUUGUUUUUGCCCCUUUCUUUAUAUUUUGAGUGUUGUUGCGAUUCAUUGUUCAUUUGAAUGAGCGUGCAAUUCAAUGGAGAAGGAGAACACCUUUGAUCCUGAUUUGGUUCACGAAAUUUUCAAGCUUGUUUGGAAAAGAAAAGCUGCAGAACGAGGGAAAAAUGAAUUAUCUGAGAAUAUAGACAAUGAGGUUGGGGCUAGCUCAUCAAAGAGAAUUCGACCAACUUUUGCCAAUGCAAAUGCACUGAAGCUGAGCUCUGAACUCCUCCGAGUCUUUGUAGCAGCUAUACAACGUGCUGCUACUAUUGCUGAAGCUGAGGGCAGUGUCAAAAUCGAAGCAACUCAUCUAGAGAGGAUACUUCCUCAGUUACUUUUAGAUUUUUAAGGAUGACUGCAAAUUUGCGAAAUUGCUAGAUCAAAAGCAAGUAAGGUAAAUCUUAUACCAUGUAUUUUAUCAAUGUUUUGAAGGCGAAACUUAGUGGUAUAUUAUCCUGUCUGGCAGUGUUUCAUAUUUACAAUUGCAUGCAUAAUCUGCUCUAAGAUUAACAAUUGCAGAUUUUUAUUUCAUAGGAAUGAGGAGAUACACCAUUUUUUAGUUUAGUGCUUAAGUAAAGCCGAAAGGAAUAAAAUUAAAUGAGGUCUGAAUCCAUUCAAUGUUAUUGAUAAAUUAGGACAGUAGGAUAUACAGAACAUUCAAAUGAAAAUGGAAGCACUUGUUUUUGCAAUUUCAGGUUCUAGGAUGCCUUUCUUAUUUCAAUAAUCUGCUAAGACUAUGAAUGAAGUAAAAAUAAUAUGACAUUUGAAUUUCAUGAUUGGUACUUCUGGCAUUUGGCUAUUGCUCACAGCAUGGAGGAUCCUGGUUCUACACCUUUAGUUGUUAGAAAGCUAUUACCUGGACAAGCAAUCAUGUUAUUGGUGUCUUCUGCGUACAAGAUACUCAGGUUUUCGCAUGAUAUCCUAAAUAAGUUUGUUGGUUGUUGCUCUAUUAGUUGUUAGAACACUGUUUCCUCUAUGAAUUAUUCUGAAUGCUUGCUGUAUCAUACUAAUGAACCGAAUAAGGAUAUGCUUUCUAUUUCAUGUUUAAAAUCUUCCAUGAUCUAGGGUUACUUAGAUUUUUAUAGACCAA